AUGUCAGACGAGGGCUCGGCCAACAAAUUGGGCCGACUCCUGGCCAAGGGUCUGGGAAUCAAAGUCGCCUAUCGGGAUCCCUUAGGGGCUUCAGCAGAUCCCGUCACUCGUGGCGAGUCGACGUUCUCUGUCGGCACCGUCGAUACCUAUUCAUAUAAUGAACCCGAGCCCACGACUCUUGAAUGGCUUCAUGAAAUCACUCCCACCGGGCAGCAGGUGCUGCAUUAUAUCAUCAGCUUGUUUCCCUUCUUACAAUGGAUCGGCCGGUACAAUGUGCAGUGGUUGCUCGGCGAUCUAGUUGCUGGAAUCACGGUCGGUGCUGUUGUGGUCCCCCAAGGAAUGGCAUACGCCAAACUGGCGGCGUUACCCGUCGAGUUUGGUCUGUACUCAUCCUUCAUGGGGGUUCUGCUCUACUGGUUCUUUGCCACUUCCAAGGAUAUCACCAUCGGACCGGUUGCCGUCAUGUCCACUCUGACGGGUACAAUUGUCCUUGAUGUGGCGGAAAAAUUCCCCGACGUUCCCGCUCAUGAGGUGGCAUCGACGCUGGCAGUGAUCUUGGGUGGGAUCGUGUGCUUCCUGGGUCUCGUCAGACUCGGAUUCAUUGUCGAUUUCAUCCCUCUGCCCGCCAUCUCUGCCUUCAUGACUGGCUCUGCCAUUAACAUUUGUGUGGGUCAGGUCACCACCUUGCUGGGUCAAACCACCAAAGUCAACACCCGUGGUGCCACUUACCGAACGGUCAUCGAUACCCUCAAGGCACUUCCCAGCUCCUCGCUGGAUGCUGCCAUGGGAAUCACGGCCUGUGCCAUGCUGUACAUUAUCCGAUCUGCGUGCACAUACGCGGCGAAGAAGCAGCCCCAUCGCGCAAAGACUUGGUUCUUCAUCUCUACUCUGCGUACGGUAUUUGUGAUUUUGUUCUACACCAUGAUCAGUGCGGCGGUGAACCUCCACCGCAAGGACCACCCCGCCUUUGGUCUUUUGGGCCAUGUACCUCGAGGAUUCCAACACGCGGCCGUGCCGAAGAUGAAUGCGGACGUCAUCGGAGCUUUUGCCGGACAGCUUCCCGCCGCGGUGAUCGUGCUUCUGAUCGAGCACAUUGCCAUCUCCAAGUCCUUUGGCCGCGUGAACAACUACACCAUCAACCCUUCCCAAGAAUUCGUGGCGAUCGGUGUCAGUAACUUGCUCGGCCCCUUCCUGGGUGCCUACCCCGCGACCGGAUCCUUCUCGCGCACGGCGAUCAAGUCCAAGGCCGGUGUUAGGACCCCGCUGGCCGGCGUGAUCACCGCCGUGGUGGUUCUUCUCGCCAUCUACGCCCUCCCGGCCCUCUUCUUCUACAUCCCUCGUGCUUCCCUCGCCGGGGUCAUCAUCCACGCCGUGGGUGAUCUGAUCACUCCCCCCAACACGGUCUACCAGUUCUGGCGCGUCGCCCCGCUGGAUGUCAUCAUCUUCUUCAUUGGAGUCAUUGUCACCAUCUUCACCUCGAUCGAGAUUGGUAUCUAUUGCACCAUGGUCGUAUCCUUGGCGGUGCUACUGUUUCGCUUGGCCAAAGCCCAGGGUCAGUUCCUGGGCAAGGUCAAGGUUCAUUCCGUCGUGGGCGAUCAUCUUCUCGACGGAGACGGCAAGUAUGGCUCCCUCGGUGCCAACCGUACCUCGUCCAAUGAUGAGGACCACGCUCAUCGAUCGAUCUUCCUGCCUGUCAACCACGCCGACGGGUCCAACCCGGAUAUUGAGAUCGAGCAGCCUCACCCCGGCAUCUUCAUCUAUCGAUUCUCCGAGGGCUUCAAUUACCCGAAUGCCAACCACUACACCGACUACUUGGUGCAGACGAUCUUCCAGCACACUCGUCGCACGAACCCUGCCGCGUUCCGUAAACCCGGCGACCGUCCAUGGAAUGACCCCGGUCCCCGACGCGGCCAGGAAGAGGAAAGCCAAGAUUCGCGCCCACUCCUGCAGGCUGUGAUCCUGGACUUUUCAUCGGUCAACAAUGUGGACGUGACCUCCAUUCAGAAUCUGAUUGACGUGCGAAACCAGCUCGACCUGUACGCCUCUCCCCGCAGCGUGCAGUGGCAUUUUGCUCACAUCAACAAUCGCUGGACGAAACGCGCACUCUCCGCUGCCGGGUUUGGCUUCCCCACGCCAACUUCCAGCAACGGGUUCCACCGGUGGAAACCCAUCUUCAGCGUGGCUGAGAUCGAGGGAAGCUCAUCGGCGGCCGCCCACGCGGAGAUGAUGAAUAACCAGCGUGAAUUGCAGUACCCCAAGGACGUCGAGUCUGGUCAAAAGGAGCAGUUAGCCACGGAGAUUGAGAGGCACGGCAUCGAGACCUCAUCGACCGAAGAAGGCUCCGCCACCACUCAUUCGAUUCACGAGGAUAAGUUGUCACGCGACUUGACGACGAGCAAAGCGUACAACAACACCCGCCGCAAGGUCGCUAUCGUGCAGGGCAUGAACAGGCCUUUCUUCCACAUUGACCUGACGAGCGCUCUUCAAAGUGCGGUAGCCAACUCAUCCAACGAGAUCCCGCAUGUCUGA